GGUUGUUGAAUAGUGCCUAGUUAGUUGCUUGUAAUAUACAUGUACGGUGUUUGUGUGGUUGGAUAUUGGUUUAGGACUGAGUAUUGUCAGGGACAGUUAGUAGGAAGAUCGGCCGACGGCCUGUAUAGGUCCGGUAUCGGUUUUUCUGCUUUGUUCUUUGCAAACUCUGUCAAGAUGGCAGGGACGGAGAUUGACGGUGGCGAAAGUAGUAUGUUGAGUGAGGAAGAAGAGAGAAGGGAGGGUGGAUUGGAUUGGGAUUGGAACGAGGUAGUGAGUAGAACAAGGAAGGAGAGUGGUAGGAAAAGGAAAAAAGAGCAGACUGGCGCUAGUGGGUCGGAUAAUGAUGGGAUAGACGUUGGGGGGAGUGGUCAGAACACUGGAGUGACUAAUAUGGUGGUGAGAUUUGAGGAAGAAGGGGGAGUGAAGAAGUUUGAUCCUCUAAAGUUGACACAAAUCAUUCAAAGGCAAGUUGGUGAGGAGACCGUAAUCAAACUCUUGUCAAGUUCUUUCAAGGAGGACAAAACCAGAUUAAGUGGUGAUGCUGCGCUGCUCAUGGCAGAGUUGCUAAAAGUAUUUGUCCAAGAGGCUGCUGUGAGAUCACAGAAACAAGCUGAGUCUGAGGACUGCGACCAAGUAGACAUCGAGCACUUUGAAAAGAUCCUGCCUCAGCUGCUGCUGGACUUCUAGCACAGUGAUGCCACAAGAUGGAGCCAGAGUGUUGCCUGCACAUUCCUGCUUUAAUCCUACAACAUCAAUUCCAACAUGUUUAAUUUUUUCUGUAUAACUGCAAUUUCAUAAUCACUAAAAUGUGAGAUUACAUUAAGAUUCUCAUUCUGUAUGUAUAUGAGUUGUGUGAUUUUUUUAAAGUAGAAAGCAGCGGUGCUGUCCACACACCUCCAUGCCACCACCAAUAAGGCCCACCUGUGCUCCUCCGUGCAACAACAGGUGCUUCCAGCAUGCUCCAUAGUGCCCUUCAUCAAAGCCUCCUGGAGCAGUUGGAAGCAAUUAGAGUAAUAAGGGGAGCAGCCAGUCCCUUAGAUGAUGACAAGUGCCAGGAAAAAAGGAGUAACCCCUCUGGCCACUUUGAAGUUCCCUCUUGCUGUCCUGCGAUGUUUAGUUAGGGGUGGGGGGAAGGGCAAAGGGGACCUCUGGCACAGGGGGAAAGUUGAAUGGGAGUGUGCGUGCACGAAUGUGUGCACGUGUUAGCCAAACAAGGCCAGAGACCACACGCAUAGAUAUUCUGUUUGAAAGGGACCAUAACAAAACACAUUGGAACAUGGUCCAAGAAGAGCAGGGUGUAAUUCUGAAGGUAAAUAAACAAAAGAGGCGAGUAGUUGAGGUGCUUUCUCUCCUUUCAUCACAGCAGAGGAGGAAGUUGGGCCCACAAGGGAGAGGGUAAUGUGGGGUUUUCUAACCCAAGUGCCUCAGAUGGUUUUCCACCAGUGGUGUAUUUGACCAACAUGUCUUCACCAUGAGUCAGCAUGGCUUUGCAACACCUUACACAAUUUAUUUGUUUGGCUCAUGAGUGACUCACUACACUUACAAUUGUUGCUCACAUAGAGCUGGAAGCAACUUAGGCUAAAGUCAAGAGUCCAGGCUCCGAUAGGUGCAGCACAUUUUCAGUAGGGCCCAGACUGGAUUUGUGUUUCCCAGGAGAAACUUCCACAGCAGGCCUUCAGGAGAAGGUGUGUUUGGGUUGGUGGAUGGUUAUUUUAAUGAUGCCAUGACCAUUAUUGCCAAAAAAUUACUUUGUCAUUCACAGCAAGUCCUGCCCCCUAGUUCUGCGUAGUAAACUGCAGAUCCACUGCUUUGACAACCUGCUCACUCAGAUGAGAUGAUUUUUAUUACCAGAUAUGACACCAAAUAAUCUUGCUAAAAGAGUAGAAUACAUCCUUACUUAUUACCACGGUAAGAAACAAAUUUGUAAAAGGUGUAUUUUUGUAUACUGUAGCCUUUCUGGAGGUUUAUUAGCAAUGAAAUGGAUCUCCAGCUGUCAACCCUUGCAGAUUAAAUAAAAAUGACUGCUGGAUCUCUCA